CGUAAACAACAGAGCACUCGGUGAUUUUGUUUUCUGUUUAUUUUUUAUCAGUCAUUGCCGGUUUGCCUUCUCAUUUGUUUUGUUGAUCUUCGAAAUGUUUCUAAGGACAUUGCUUUUGGAAUAGCAUAGGAUCAGGAUAUUCAUAUAUUAGAAAAAAUUUUGAUUAAGGCCGGAGGACAGCAUUCAUUCAAAGCCAGUAAAUAGAAUGGCACUGUGUUGCAUGUGUGGUCAUAAAUUUAACAAGGAUGAGGAGGAGAAGGGACCAAAGCUUUCCAAACCAGCAGAAGAGUUCGUAAAGAAGUUCUUGAAACUUAUGGAUUUGGAGCCUGUAAAUAAAACAUUCGGGACCUGCAGACAGUGCACUUUGGACGUGGAAAGUGUACAAGCAAUUCUACAUCGUAUAAAGCAAGAAAGGGAAACAUUUGUGCAGAAUUUUAAAGAUUCUGCAUCUACGAUGGGAAACGACAAGAUCGAAGAUGUCAUGGACGUUAAUUGUUAUGUUCCCAAUCAUGAUUUGAAACCAUGUAAUAAUGAUUCUGAUAAAAUAAAGGACACGAACGCUAUCUUCUCACGUGAAAAAAGGAAUAGGAAGCCCCCUAAACGUUAUUCCCACGAGGAACUAGAAACAAAGAAAGCCAAAAUCCAAUGCAUUGGUAAAAAUAAUGAUACCACAACUCUGGAAACUCUACCCAAAAUGGCAUUUGUAAAAGGUGUGGGUAAUGCCCAAAUUUUGGGUGAGCUUACUGAAAUCUGUGACAAAACUCAUAGAUUUCGUCUACGUUUCAUUUGUCGUAAAUGUAAGAAUAUCUUUGGCAGGGAAAAUGAUUUCUGCCAGCACAUUCUGGAACAUGCCGCGGCGACUGAAGAAAUCGAUAAACUGCGAAAAUCAAUUGAAAAGUUACAAUAUCUUUGCGCAAUUUGUUCCAAGACAUUUGAGGAUAACUUUGCAGUGCGCCGGCAUUAUAAAAAUGCGCACAGUGAGGAGAGAAGGUUCAGAUGUGCCAUGUGUGAUGCCACCUUUAAGUAUGAAUUCAAUCUCAGCUAUCACAUGGCCAAGCAUUUAGAUGUGAAGGCAUAUCAGUGUGAAUAUUGUCAAAAAUCAUUUGUAUUAAAUUCGGAGCUGAAAAUUCACCUAAGGACACAUACUGGAGAGAGGCCAUACAAAUGUUCGAUUUGUGAUAAAACCUUUGGCCACCAAUCAAAUUUAACGGCCCAUCGCCGAAUACAUGAGGAAAAGGUGUCCCUGUCCAAAGUGAGAAAUGCCGUUGUUAAAAGGCUAGAAUGCAGUUUAAAAGAAGAAGGUGGGAAGAAUGAUAGAAAUGAAGACCAAUCCCAGAAAACUGCUAACCAUGAAAACACUGACGAGAGGAGUGUUUCCCUAUGUCCACCUAGAACAAUUACCCUAAAUCAAUAUUGCAAAAACGAAUCAUGGAAUUUGGAUUCACAACAGGAGCUACAGAUAAUUCCAACUAAAAACCCCACAGGUCGCUCCAGAGACCCAGAAAAUCAAAGCAGCCACUUCAGCAUUUCAAGUACAGAUUUAAAUCCAAAGAAAAUAGAUAGGACGGUCUUGCCAAACACCAAAGGAAAGUUGCCUGUAAAAGCUUCGACACCAAUAAUACCAAGUGAUAAAAUAGAUUUUGAACCGACAAUAACUCGAUUCCGGCAGAAACCGAAAAUAAGUUAUGCCCUAAGAACGACACCUUUAAAAUAUAAAAUAUCCCCAUAUUCGCUGCUGAAAAAGAAUGCGGUACAGAGCAAUGCGAGAGUAAAUGAAAUUAAGGAGGUUGCAACAACAGAUCAUACACUGCGAAUAGAUAUGCAAAAAGAGGGUAUUGAUAAGAAGACUCCAGCAAAAAAUCUUAAUAGAUCCAAUGAUAUUCAAAAUGAAGAUUCAUUAGCAAAGGCCAUCCCUCCAGAUUCUCCAAAGAAUGUAGUUAUUCAAAAAGUGGGAGUUGGACAAACAGCAAAGAACUCCCCCAAAAAUAAUUUUAAGAAAUCGGAAGAUAUUCUAGAUCAAACUACUUCCGUACCAUAUUCUUCUUCUCAUUCUUCACCAUCAUUGUCACAAUUGAAAGGAAAUAUUGCAAAGCUGGAUAUUGUCAGAACUACAAAAAAUAAUCACAACAAAAAUCCUCCUCCACUGAAAGCAGAUUUGCAAAAAAGGGGAGUUGGAAAAGUAGAAAAUAACUCCUUACCAAAUAAUGUAAAUAAAACUGAAGAUUCGUCGGCCAAAGUCAUCUCUCCAAAUGAAACUUCUGCUACGCCUUCCCCAUCAUCACAAUCAAAUGAAAAUAUAAAUAAAUUAGAGAUUGUGAGAACCACAAAAAAUGACAUAACCAAUACCACUGCCCAAUCCUCCACCAAAGCUCUAAUACGCAAUGUUGUGGUCCUGCCCGCUUUAAACAUGCACGACAUCGUAACCCAGCCGCCACCCAACCUGGUGAAAAUACCCGCAGAAUAUAAAUUCCAAUGUACAACGUGUUGGAAAUAUUUCAAACAAAAAUCAGCCCUAACCAAACACCAGCGGACGCACACAGGCGAAAAGCCUUACAAAUGUAAUUUGUGUCCCAAACAAUUUACCGAUCCUUCGAAUUUUAAACGUCACAGAGCCUUGCAUACCAAGGCUGCCGAGGAGCUGAAUAUAUCACGGCCCAAACCACCAGUUUCACCUGCCCUUUCGACGGCUGCUUCUGAUCCCGAUCCAGAUGGUAUUGAGGCAAUGCAAACCAUAGAACGUUUUGAAAUAAAUGAUGACGACGACGAUGAUGAUUUUGAUGACUACGAUGAAGAUGAUAUGGAAAGUUAUCUAUGGUAUGAUGUCCUGCAACAUUCUCUGCGGAAUGAAGAGAUACGAGACAAUAUAAGACAGAAUUUAAUGGCAAUUAGUAAUAGCAUUAAACCGGCUGUGAUGUCCAAUGUAUUUUUGAACGACAACCCGGAUUGAAUGAAGAAUUUAUUUAUUAAAUUGUUGUAAAGUUCA